AUUAUCUCCAAAUAAACGGAUAAUUCAAUCUCAGCUCUGCUCUUCCUGCUCGAUGAGCCCAGCGGGAGCGACGUCUGCGUGUUUAUCGACCAAUCGGCGCGUCACAGGGACAAACACGAGAAGAGGCUCCAGCGCGCGUCGCUCACGGUUGCGCACAGAGGAGACGUAGCUGCGACACCAGCGAGGCGAGGACGCGACUCUGCGGCCGAGAGGAUGCAGUGAAGGAGCCUGCAGCGAGAUCACAGCUCUGAUACUAACGCACAGUGAUACCGUCGAAAUGAGCGUGAUCCCGGCCGGGCACGAAGGCAGGAUGGAGGGCGGCAGAGACAGCAGCGGCGGCGGCGGCUCCCCGAGGCUCCAGCAGUGCGCGCCGCCUCCCAGCAGCAGCAGCAGCGGCAGCGGCAGCGGCAGCAGCAGCAGCAGCGGCAGCAGCCGGUCCAAAGAUGCCAGACACCAGCAGCAGCAGCUCCAGCAGAGGCAUCAUGGUGGGUCGAUGUGGAAGCAGCCGUCUCACAACGAGCCCGCGGACGUCGUGAGGCGCGCGCUGGACUUCAAGUGCCAGGGCACCCAGUGCUACAAGGAUAAGAAGUACCGGGAGGCGAUCGGCAAGUACCACCGCGCUCUGCUGGAGAUCAAGGGGCUGUGCAGGGUGCUGGGAGACCCGGACACCGGCUCCAAGCCCCCGUCCCCCCUCCUGCCAACCUUCAGCAAGUCCAGCACCCUGACAGACGAGCAGAAGGGGGCCAUGGAGAACGCAGAGCUGGAGUGUUACAACAGCCUGGCCGCCUGUCUUUUGCAAAUGGAGCUGGUGAACUACGAGCGAGUGAAAGAAUACUGCUUGAAAGUGCUUUACAAGGAAGGGAAGAACUUCAAAGCUCUCUACCGCUCUGGAGUGGCCUACUACCACCUGGGAGACUUCCAGAAGGCCCUGUACUACCUGAAGGAGUCACACAAACAGGAGCCAUCAGACACCAAUGCCAUCCGCUACAUCCAGCUGACAGAGAUGAAGAUUCGCCGGAGUGCCCAAAGGGAAAAGAAAGAGGCCACAUAAGCACUCGCUGUCUGAUGGCUUCUCACCCGUCGUGAAUUUAAAGCCCGACUGUGUGCCACCCAGACCUCGCACACCAACAGUCAGAGCUCUGGGUGUGAAGCGGUGUUAUGUUUGCUUUUGCUUUGCACAGCAUCCGGUUGCCAGUUUUGUGAUUGAACUUCACCAACGUGUGCUUGAAGCAUUUAAAAAAAAAAAAAUUGUACCAGAUAUUGAGUUUUUGUUUACACACCGCCAAACUACGGUGGCCGAGAGAGCUCAACACACUGCGAAUUAAGAAAACACAUGCAAACAGAAACAACACUUGCAAAUUCAGAGUGCAAAUAGAGGAACGAGCUGCAAAAAGUCACAACACAUGCAAAUACAGAAACGCCCUGCAAAUAGCGAGAGUGACACUGGAACAUUUUCCAGGGAACCCUUAAAAUGUUAUGAACUUAUUGAAGUCUUUUCCGUUGUCAUCAAAUUGAUGAAGUUGUUUUCUUAAUUUGCAUGUGUUGUUUCUAUUUGCCUCCUUAAUCUGCAGUGUGUUGAAGUCUCUCGGCCAGCGCACCAAAUGGAUCUAGAAUGAAUCCAUCCAGAUUAUGUUUUAACCAUCACAAACUGAUGCACUGCCAGUCCAAACAUUGCACAUACAGGCCAACACUUGUGAUAGAGACAGGAGCAACACGGCCCAUGGGGGGUCCAGCAGGUCUGCGGGCGAGUGUUACUGUAAAUUAGCACCUGCCCUCGCACAAGAUGUCUCUCGAAUGGCACAGAGUUAGUGAGCAACAACCACUUCCACCUCUGUCACCGUACUUUGAGUUUGAAAAUAUUAUAAAGAUCAAGAUUCUUUUUGAUAAUUAGAAUAUAUCUUAACAAAUGGUGCUUUCACAAAGUAGGUUUUUAACAUGAAAUGCAUUGGUUUAGACAUCAGGAGCACACGGUUGCUAAUUGCAGUACGAACUUAAAGAGACAUAUCACAAACUGUAAAUAGGCUACUUGAUAGAAAUCGCAAGAAAAUAUUAUGGAGAGGUCAGCUAGUUGUGUUUAUUAACGCCAAAACGAAGCACUUCAUUCACAGCAUUUACUGUACCAAGAAAUACUGUAUGUUUACUGUAAAGGUAUGUGUGUAAUAAAUGUGUUUAUUGAUUGA